UGCCACCGGAUAUUCUAGAUUAUCCCACCAGUACGGAUAUGGUGGUACGUGAAGGUUCUAAUGUGACAUUAAAAUGUGCGGCAACUGGUUCACCAACACCCACCAUAACAUGGCGAAGAGAAGGUGGCGAACCGAUACCCAUACCAAAUGGUACAGAAGCUGUCAGUUAUAAUGGUUCAUUUCUAACAAUUGCCAAAGUGAAUCGUUUGAAUAUGGGUGCAUAUCUUUGUAUAGCAUCGAAUGGUAUACCACCAACUGUAAGCAAACGUGUUAUGCUGAUAAUACAUU